AUGAAGUUCACUACAGCGGCUUCUCUCUUGGCGGUUUCGCCUUUGGCCGAUGCCACCAAGCCACUUGUUAGCUCCGAGAAGCUACAGAAGCUCAUCACUGAGGAUGGGUUGAUGGAGAACUUGGAGAAGCUCAAUGAAAUUGCCUAUGCCAAUGGCGGGAACCGUGCCUUCGGUCUUCCCGGUUACGCCGCCUCAGUCGACUUCAUCUACGAGGAGAUUUCCAAGCUUGAGGGCUUCAAGACCUGGAAGCAGGACUUCCCUGCCAACUUCACUCAAACUCUGGCCGCUGAGGUUACUGUUGACGAUGAGACUUUCCGUACUGUUGCUUUGACCUACACACCCAGCACUUCUGAGGAGGGUGUCACCGCUGAGCUCGUCCAUGCCCCAGAGGGUACGGCUGCUUGUGACGUCGCAAACUACGAAGGCAUUGAUGUGAAGGACAAGAUUGUCCUUGUUGAGCGUGGUCUCUGCCCUGAUCAGACUACCUUCGCUGGCAAGGUGAAGCCUGCAGCUAAGGCUGGUGCAGCCGUUGUUGUUAUCUACAACUCUGAUGAGGCUAAGUUGACUGCUGGUACUCUGUCUGCACAGAGCCCAGACUAUGUACCCACCGCUUUGAUAGACCAGGAGCCCGGAAAGGCUCUCAAGGCUCGUCUUGACGCCGGCGAGAAGAUCGAGGCUUUUGCCAAGGUCAUCCAGACCAUCGAGACACGCAUUACUCAGAACGUCUUUGCCGAGACCAAGGGUGGUGACGAAAAGAACGUAGUUAUGUUGGGAGCCCAUCUUGACUCCGUGCAGGCCGGUCCCGGCAUUAACGAUGAUGGUUCUGGCACGUCGCUCAUUCUUGAGAACGCCAAGGCUCUGCAGCACUUCUCUCACAAGUUGAAGGUCAGAUUCGGAUGGUGGGGAGCUGAGGAGAACGGUCUUGUCGGAUCUCGCUACUACGUUAACAACCUGAAGAAGAACGAAGUCGACAACCUGCUCGCUUACCUCAACUUCGACAUGGUUUCGCGCGGUUUCUUCGGUGUCUUUGACGGCACUGGCGAGAAGAAGGGCCCUGGCGGACCUCCUGGCUCUGACGUUAUUGAGGAUCUCUUCCGCGAGCACUUCAAGGCCAAGGAUAUCGAGGUCACACCCGCUGGUCUUACUGGCGGAACCGACUACGUUGCCUUCCUCGAGGUCCUCAAGAAGCCCGUCGGUGGUCUCUUCACAGGAACUGGUCUUGAGCAGGAUGCUUGCUACCAUCAGGCCUGUGAUAACAUCACCAACCCCGUUCCUGACACUAUUUACAAGAAUGCUCAAGCUGCUGCUCAUGUUCUCAGCAAGCUUGCCAUUGACGGUGUUGAGCUUCUUCCCAAGAUACCUUCCAACUCUACUGUUGGAUCUAUCAAGAGAGUCAGAGAUGAUGCUUCGUUGCAUUUCCAUGACGUUCUAAGCGGCGUCGAGGGCAAGCCUUGUGAUCAUGACAUUGUUUAA